AUGUCCUGUUUGUCUCUCAUCUCUCUCUUGUAUAUCUUUCUAAUCUCUUGUUCUUCAUUGAUUAAUGCCCAGCAGCCUUACAUCAGAAAGGCCACCACACGAUGCAAGAACUAUACUUUAGAUUCUGUUCUUGGGUAUAGCUGCAAUGGCAUAAGCCAAAGUUGCCAAGCUUACCUCACCUUCAGAUCUCAACCCCCACACAACACUCUCUCCUCCAUCUCUGCUCUCCUUGGAGCCGACCCAUCACAACUUUCUCGGCUCAAUUCUCUUCCUGAUCAGAAUCAAACUCUUCAGACGAACAGGAUGGUGAUUGUUCCUGUCAACUGUUCUUGUUCAGGUGUGUACUAUCAAGCAAACAUUUCUUAUGUUAUUGAGGAUGGUGAUACUUAUUUAUUGACUGCAAAUAACACCUUUCAAGGCCUCUCAACUUGUCAAGCCAUCCGGGCUGAAAACCCUGCUAAGAAUUUUUAUGCAGGCACAAGAAUUAAUGUUCCUCUUAGGUGUGCUUGUCCAACAAAGAACCAAAGUGAUGUUGGUGUAAGGUAUUUAUUGAGUUAUUUAGUCACUACUGGCCAAUCUGUCUCAGUCGUAAGUGCACAAGUUGGAGUGGAUACUGGGAGUACUCUUGAAGCCAAUGGGCUUUCAGAAGAAGACUUCACAAUAUAUCCCUUCACCACCCUUCUAAUUCCUCUACAAAACCCACCAAGUAACCAAUCCAUGAAAGUGCCACCACCGCCUCCACGACCACCACCGCGACCACCUCCACCAUUAGUCCGUUCAUCGAAUAAUAGUUCAAGCAAGGAAUGGAUAUAUGUUGCAGUUGGAGCUCUUGGAGGGUUUUCCCUUGCAGUGGUCCUUGGGGCCAUUGUCUUUUGCUUGUUCUUUCAUAAAAAGAAGAAGAAAAGUGACCCAAUUGUUGAUUCAGAGGUCUUUGAGGCACAUGAGACACCAAAUAAGACAAAGGUGGAGGAAAAGCCAGAGGAGUUCUUCUUGGAGGGUAUACACAGUAUAGCCCAAAACCUUAAAGUGUACACUUUUGAAGAACUACAAUCUUCAACAGAUAAUUUCAGCCCCAGUUGUUGCAUCAAGGGUUCCAUUUAUCGUGGCACGAUCAAUGGCGAUUUUGCAGCCAUUAAGAAAAUGAAUGGAGAUGUGUCUAAUGAAAUCAAUUUGCUAAGCAAAAUCAACCAUUUCAAUGUUAUUCGCCUCUCGGGCGUUUGUUUCAAUGAUGGGAAUUGGUACCUUGUUUAUGAGUAUGCUGUCAAUGGAUCCUUGGAUGACUGGCUCUAUUACAAGAAUGGCGAUCAAAAGUUCUUGAAUUGGAUACAGAGAAUACGGAUUGCCUUGGAUGUUGCCACGGGGAUUAAUUAUCUCCAUAGCUACGCUUCUCCUCCUUAUGUCCACAAGGAUCUAAAGAGCAGUAAUGUCCUUCUUGAUGGCGAUUUCAGGGCAAAAAUCACGAACUUUAAUCUAGCAAGGUCAGCAGAUGGGAAGGAAGGUGAAUUUGUCUUGACAAAGCACAUAGUAGGGACCAAAGGUCACAUGGCUCCUGAGUAUUUGGAGAAUGGAUUGGUCUCUCCAAAGCUUGAUGUGUAUGCAUUCGGGGUCCUCCUGAUGGAGAUACUCAGUGGGAAAGAAAUUAAUCUUCUUGAUGCAGGGGUCUUAUUCUCUGUGAUUCAUGAGGAUGAUGGAAGGGAGAAUCUGAAAAACUUCAUGGAUCCUUGUUUACAGGGUAAUUAUCCAGUGGAGCUUGCCAUUUUUGUGGUCAGAGUGAUCGACAGUUGCAUAAAGAAAGAUCCAUCGGAUCGCCCAGGCAUGGAGGAGAAUGUGCAGGCUAUGUCAAGAACCCUUGCUGCUUCACUCCCAUGGGAAUUAUCAAACAGCAUUUCAUGAAAUCAAAGUUUCAGCUAGAGAUUUUGGUUAUUAGUCUGUUUUGAAUAAGAACAUAUGCAGCAUAAAAUGUCUGCUUAGUAAUUUCUUUAAUGUAAUAUCAUAGUGGUUUAUAUUUUGAG